AUGUCUUCAAUUAAGAUCGUUCUCUCUACUGAAUCAACUGAAAAGGGUAAGUUAACCGAGAUCACUACCGGUGACUUUCCUCAAAUCUCCGAUGAUCAAAUUCUUUUCAAAGGCUCUGAUGCUGCUGGUAUUGUUACUAAAGUAGGUAAGAACGUCAAAGGAUUUGAAAUUGGUGAUUAUGUAUCUACCACUUUACAUGGUAAUUAUAGACCUGAUAGAGGUGCCUUUGCUGAAUAUGUUAUUGCUGAUCCAUCUACCACUGUUAAGUAUGACAAAAGUACAUUUUUAUCCGAACCAUUACCAGUUGGAAAUGUUCCUUCAAGUGUUAUUAACACUUUUGAAGGUGCUGCUGCUAUCACUUUAAGUUUAGCAACUGUUGGUUUAUCAUUCAGUAAUUCCUUGAAAAUUAAGCCAAACAAAGCUGAGAAUGCUUCCAAGUACAUUUUAAUUUGGGGUGGUGCCACUUCAACUGGUAUCGUCGGUAUUCAAAUUGCUAAGUUAGUGUAUGGAUUAAAGGUCAUUACUACUGCAUCUAAGAAACAUCAUGAAUUCUUGAAAUCAUUAGGAGCUGAUGAAACUUUUGAUUAUCGUGAAUCAAAUGUCGUUGACCAAAUUAAGAAAGCAGCCAAUGGUAAGAUCUAUUAUGCUUUUGAUACUGUUUCUAGCACCGAAACUUAUCAACAAACUUAUGAUGCCACAAUUGGAUCUCCAACUGAAUCAUUUGAUAAUUUAUUAUUCCAAACUAAGGCAAAUAUCAAAACUGAAUCAGGAAAUAAUGCCAGAUUUUCAAGUACCGUUGUUUAUUUAGCUAAUGGAGAAACUUUAAAUUUGGGACAGGAAAUUAUUCCAAGUAAAGAAUUGUUAGAUGAUUAUAACCACUUUUGGCUAGAAUUAUUACCACCAUACAUCAAAGAUUUGAAGAAUCCAAAUCUCAGAGUCUUGAAACCUGGUUUCGAAUCAGUCAAUGAAGCUCUUGACUUAUUAAGAGAAGAUAAAAUUAGUGGUGAAAAAGUUGUGUUUAGAUAUUAA